UUGAAGAUCACCAACAAGGGCUUUGAAAACUACGUUUUCCUUGAUAAAGCCAGAUUCAAAUGGAAUUUGAAUAUAUCUAGCUUUCCUAAUUCCUUGUUUUGCCCAAAUUUUGGCCUUGCGCUCUUCGUCAGCGGAACUUCAGCCGCCUAGUCCUAAACCGUUCCCUCACACACCCGACUUAAGACUGGCAUCAUGACGCCCGGGUUAAAGACCAUUAUUUCUCUUUCGUUUGUUCUUGCGAUCGGUUUUAUUCUGGUCAUCCUUUCAGCCGCAGUAUGGCAUAAUUUCCUUCCGCUCCUUGUCGUCGCAACCUAUGUGAUCGCACCACUGCCAAAUUGGAUAUGCGGGCGAUGUGCCAAUCCGGAUGAUUUUAUGGAGGCGCCUGGUAGCGGGGUAGUUGACUUCGGACGAUGGUUGACGGGAUUCUUCGUGGUGAUGGGAAUUGCCCUGCCGGCGAUCUUAGCUCAUACGGGUGCGAUCCAGGUUCCGGCUAUGAUUAUGUCUGUUUUGGGGGGGCUCUUAAUAUACGGCACGAUAAUCAGCUUCACUAUGUUUUUCCAGGAACAAGAAGAAUUUUGAGCGUUUUAGAGUGAUAUCGCUGUUCGAGUGUGUCUCGCCUCCGUAUGAUAAGGUUCUGUUAUGUCACGUUCGGUUGCUUGUUCUGAGUAUCUCGGUGUAAAAGGCGUAACGUUUUUUUGCGUUUCAUUAAGCGGCUCUAUUCCAUACCUGCCGAUAUUUCUUUAUCUAGGGAUUCCGUGAGCUCCGUGCUUAUCUGUCGUCACAAUCUUGACUUCCUCAUACCGCGGGUUCGCCGGGGUAUUCAAGCGACGAGUUGCAUUCUAAUAAAGUUCUGGAUUGAUGUAUAUUAGUAUUCUACGGGUUUAGCAUGGUCUAUCAUGUGUAUCU